AUGUAUCUAAUAACUUUUAUCCAUAAUUUCAGAUACCUACACAUCAUGGCGCCCCUAGACUUAGAAGGCGGAACCCUUGGGAAGAGACAUGAACAUUACAAUAAAUUACUCAAAGAAGCUAUCAGUAGUGGUCAACCGGUUUCAACCUUUACAUUAGGCGAUAAUGAUAUUGAAAACUUACUGAAGAUCGAUCAAGCCUGUCACGCCAGGGACGUCGAUUUUAUCGUUAACGUGUUCAAGUGUGGUGACUUGCUGUGUGUGUCUCGCGCACUUGCACGGUCUCCUUGGUUGGUCACUGACCCACAGUAUGCCAACAUCAUCAAUUCUGACUACGUACAUACACAACUCUUCCCAUAUAUGAAGACUAAGGCAUUUAUUAAACUUAUCAAACAUAUAAGACUUAACAUACAGGACGAAGUGCGCGCCGAACAAUUUUAUCUUUAUGAAAAAAAGGAUACCGACGCUUUGAAAUGGUUACCGAAAUGCUCAGCAAGCUUUAUAGAAGCAAACAUUGAGAAGCAUAUUAAUAAUUUGAAAAUCAGAACUUACAAACGACUUUGUGAAAAAACUGACAAGAUCUUUGAAAUUGUUUUGGAGAAAACUUAUUAUUACGAGAGAGCGAGAUAUGCUCAAGUUGCAAUGUUCUUAUUAAAAGCCGAUAUCGAUAAAUUCUUAAACGUCAUAGAAAAAGAUAGAUCUAACUAUAUACCGAAAUUUAAUGAUAAAGCUACUGCUCUGAUCAUGAAGAAAUCUCCGAAGAGAGUGAUUGAUAAAUUUGAUCGCUAUGCAUCAUCAAUCCAUAUACCUACAUUUUGUAAAUAUCUUAAAACAGACGAAAUUAAACCAUUUUUAUACGCACAAGCUAAAAAAGAUAAUGAUAGCAACUAUGAAUACUAUAAUUUGCGAAACUUUUUUAGAUACGAUACAUUAAAAUACUUUGUAAAAAAGUUGCCGAAAAAUGAACAAUUUGAAUUUGUAAAGAAAAUAUUCAUCGAUAAAGAAAUAGCUGAUGCCGAUGAGGAAAAAUUAGUAGCCGGUACCGAGCAAUACAAUAUGAGAAAGCUGUAUGUUAUUAUGAGGACACCUAGUUAUAUCUGGUAUCGGUUUGCUGAUUUUGAACGUGCAUUUCAGGAUAUAACGGAAAUAAUAUCCAAGGAUUUGGAUAACAACAACAUAGUGUCCAUGCUAACUGUACUUAUGUCUUGUGCUGAGAAUAAUUUACAGCACAUACAAAAGUUAAUCCAGUAUUAUCUUGACAAGCAUAGAACUCUAGAAUCCCACUAUACUUUGAAAUUCACUACAGACCUAUUAGAUCGCACAAAUAUUUAUCAAUACGACGAGAAGACUUGGAAUUUAAUUAACGAAUUAUUUAAAAUUUUAAAAAUAUAUGAUGAGCCGAAUAAUGUUUGGUCAAACACGGUAGCAAUCAUUGAAUCUAUAGUUGUCUACAACAUUGUACACGAUCAAAGUGUUCCUGAAAAUGUACAAAAGAAAUUCUCCUUUAAAACUUUGAAAGAACAUGGAAAAAAAUUAAACGAAGAACAGAAAGAAAAAGUAUUUCGUUAUUUAUACGAUUUUUUAAUCAAUAAAUUUAUACCCAUUACGACAGAACACGAGUUCGUUGACACAAUUCCAAUUUUGUCGCAGAUUUUCGAAUUACUUCGCGAUUGGAAAAAAGAACUUACAGAUUUCACUCUUGUCACUGACAAAAUUAAGGAGUGCGUUAAAGUUAAAAGCGAAAAUUCUUGGACAGCGAGUUUGUUACAGUUAUACAAAUUUAAAAAGUCAUGGCAAAGACAUAUGUUUGAAGAAUCUGUAAUUAUGAAUCCGGGUGAGGAGGUGUGCUUGAAUGCCCUGAAACAUGACCCUCUAUUGCUGGAGCGUCAAAGUAACGAUAUACAGUCUUUAAGAUGCAACGACGCUGUCUCGCUGCGACGUCUACUUUCUAAGUUACGUAUCUACUGGCCUCAAUCUCUCGCCACGCAAUGGGUCGAUGCAUACAUGGAAAAUUUAAACAAAACCGAUGGUCAUAAAGCUACUAUCCGCGGUCUCUGCACAUCAUUGUCCGAGAAGCAGGUACAUGAGUUAAUUGACAAAUAUAAGCCAAACCAAGCUAAAAUUGACUGGAGUGCAGUUGAUGAUCGUAUUCUGAGUAUUCAACGAUUCAUUGCUAAAAAUAUGCACAUCGCACGACCACAACCUGUUCCAGAAAGUAUACUGUUUUUCGCUAGGGGUGACUACUUACAGUACGCUCUUCCAUCGCUACUGGCAAUAUUUUAUAAUUUGAGCAUUAUGGAAAGUAAAAAAUAUAUCCCAAAACUUUUAGAUGCACCAGUAUCUGUACAAAAACAUGGUAUUAGACUAGCAUAUAAAAAGUUAGAUUACGAAACGCUAAAGAAAAUAUUUUUUGAUUGCUGGAAAGCCUCCAAGAACGUAAGCAUCAGAGCUAUUAUAUUCCAAUUAAACUUUGAAUUGUUAUGCAAUCAAAAAGACUCUGGUAAUUCUGUGGGCCUGUGGGAAUUGACAGAAUUAUUUAUUGACAACCUUACAUUUGAAGAAGAUAAGAAAAUCUAUGAAUUAAUGUCUCGCGUAGAACAAGUUCCACGGCACGUCAGAGCAAAGUAUUUGGUAAAGGCUUACGAUUUUAUGAAAAAACUGACACAAAAAGUUAAGGAAGAAGACCGCGAUAAUUACAAAAGGCUUACUGCACAGUUAGCAGAACAUUCACGGCAAAUUAUGGAGGACAUCCUCCCAGAGUUUAUUAAUGGCGUAAUACAAGAGUUCGUCGAUAAAGACUUUUUUGGAUUUGAAGAUAACUUUGGAUCAGUUCACAGAAUAAUAUCGGUAAUUUCAGCAUAUUUACUAACCGCCAAAAAUGAAAAUGUCCAAGCAGAGAAAUAUGAAAAAGUAUUUGUUCCCAUUAUGAAACGUGCUUUUGAAAAGUGGUCAGAAAAAAAGGACGGCAACUUUAUAAUCAGAAGCAAUUUUCAAUGUUUGCUAUCACAGCUUUCUGAUGACCUAAGAGACUACGUCGUUGAAAAUAAGCUUCUGUGGCCUGUUAAAAUGUUUUUAAAUAUUAAAAAUGAACUAGAAAAGUCUAUAUCGAUCUCGGAAAAUUAUAUGAUGUUAACUAAGUGGAAAUUGACCGCAGCUAUAGCUCAACUAGCCGAGAAACCGUAUUCAGAAGAUAAAAAUUGGGCAGAAAUUACUGCUGAAAUAGCUCCCGAAUUCGGUAAAAGGUCUUUGGAUUAUUUGAAGGAAGAUGUAAAAACGCAUUUCCCUUGUAUUUACAAACUUUAUUCUAAAGCUCUAAACACGCAGUUGCAACUUAUUUCUGAAGAAAGCAAUAAAAUUAUAAUUUAUAAAUGCUUCUUGGCUGAGAAUGACUUCAUAGAAGGAUAUUUAACUGCUAUAGAAACCAGCAAAGACGCGUACUCCUAUAACAAGGAUACCUAUGCAGAUUUAUGGAACCAAAUAUCGGAACACCCCUCUGUGGAAAUAAAAAUGCAUUAUUAUUAUAAUUCUAGGAACGAUUAUGAUGGAUGCUGCUACUGA